AUGGAUGAUGAUUCGCAGCGUGAGCUAUAUUUUCUAAUUGCAAAACUCCUCAAAAUUAGCUUCCCUGAGAUCGGAAAUUCGUUCAUAGAGGAGUGUGAGCGAAGAAAACUCUUUCCAUCUUGCGUAUUUUCAAAAAAUCCAACAUUCCAUGAGUUAGAUUCACACUCUUUGAGUGGUAUUCCAAACGACCAAUUAAUGAGACUCGUUUCAAUGGCUCUUCCUAAAUCUCAAUUCCCAUCUUUAUUUAUAACUCCUCCAAAUAAAGAUCAACACGUAUCAAUAGCCGACAUUCUUACAAAACAACUUGGACCACCAUUGCCUUUAUGCUAUGGAAUGACUCCAAGUCAUCGAAUUGUUGGACAUUUUCAUUCUAUUUACUGUUUAACAACCGAUAUUACAUCACAAAUCCUUAUUUCGGGCUCAGAUGAUUCUCUUAUAAAGAUCUGGAAAAUUCCAGAGCUUACUUUAAUUGCAACUGUCCAUGCCCAUCGACAUAUCAUCAACGACAUUGAUAUUCACCCAUCCAAUCUAUUCUUCGCAUCUGCUGCACAAGAUUGCCAGAUUUGCAUUACAAGUUUAAAGACUUUAGCCAUUCAAUCUUACUCAGUUUCGUAUUAUAUAAAUUGCGUCAAAUUUUCACCAGAUGGAAAAUACCUUUGUGCUGCAUAUGAAGAUGGUUAUGUCCGUUUAUCUCCAAUUGAUCCAUAUACCGGUGCAAUUUUAGGAAUACAUUAUAAUAUCGAAAUACCAGACCAUAAAAUGGCAAAUUGGGUUUGCUUUAGCCCAGGAUCACAAUUUUUCUCAUUUAUUUCAGCUACACAUUCAAUUGUUAUUGUAAACGUAAAUGAACCGAAAUAUCAAGUCCUUUCAGGCCUCGACGAUGAUGUAGAUACUAUUUCGUUCAGUCGCCAGACUGGCUGCAAACUCCUGGCCCAUUCUCCAAAAGAAAAAUCAAUCAGAGUUUACGAAGAAAGGGGCGGAAUCUACCAAGAAACGUGGGAUGUUGCUCCUCGUAAUAUACAGAACACGCGCCAGAAGCCGAUUAAAGCAUACUGGAACGCCGACGAAACAAGAAUUGUUGCAAUCACAACAACACAAAUUGUUGCAUGGACAGACCCAUAUUCGACACCUCUAACAGAAACAGUAACCUACGGUACCGAACAUUGUUCAGUUCUAGCGUUACAUCCUACGAAACCAGAAAUUGCAUUUGUUGGCUGCGACAACGGACACGCAUCCAUCUGGGAUAUCAACAAGAUGGAAGCUAUCUGCAAGAUGCAAGCCGAUCAGACCAUCUACGGCAUCACAGAAGCCAUUUGGUCGCCUGAUGGCCAAUAUGUUUUCGCCGCCGACGCCAUGGGAGGCAUUACAGUAUACGGCCAUACCACGCAGCCAUUCACUACCACACAGCAAGUAUUUAUUCAGGACGACGACAGAGCCAUUGUCAAUGUUUCGUCACAAGCCAUUUUUGAGCCAAUUUUGAAUGCGGCCAAACUUCCUCUAGAUCCACAACCAGUUCAUUACAACCUUGAAUCGAUGAUGCUCAAUGUUCAAAGACCUGAAGCCGACUCCAGAAUCGUUGUUGAAGAGAAACAAGUUCUCGAGAAAUGGCGAAAUCUUCCACAAGUCAGAGAAUUCGGAAUCAGAGGCGAUACACAUGUUUGGAAGGUCAAUUUCGAUGACGAAACAAACGAGCGGAAUGCAGAGGAAGAAGAGGAUGAAGAUGAAGAAGUUGCACAAGAACAAACACUCAGUAAUUCCACAUCUCGACAUCAAAUUGACAAUGAUGAUGCUGAUUUCAACAUUGCAGCAAUACAACAAGAGUUUUCUGAUGAAGAUGAUGAAUCAGAAUCCAUCAACUCUCCACAAGAAGAAGCUCCUCUUCCUAAGACAAGAUCAUCAGGUCCUGUUGACGAAACAAUCAGACCAAGAUCGAAGAGAAGAACAACAAUACAAAGACAAUCUUCAAUUGUUGUUGACGAUGACAACAUUAUUCAAGAUGAUGACCAAGAUUUGAUCGAAAGUGAAAGCGAAGCGAUGUUUUCUGAUGAAGAAGAAAUGCCGGUGAAACCACCUCCUAAAUCACCAAAGAAAUCAUCUUCGUCAUCGAGAAACAGAUCAAGACAUUCAAGAUCUCACGAUGACUACAUAAAAGAUGAUUUCAUUAAUGAUGAUGAAGAAUUUGACAUCAAAAAGUCAAUUGACAGUGAUUCAUUGUCUGAUGACUACGACACACAUCAAGUGGUAAGAGCGACAAGGAGAAACACAAGAAUACCUGAUUCUCCACCUCCUAUCGCUUUGCCUGUUGUUAAUACUCCAAUGCCUCCGUGGAUGUACAACACGAAAAGAUCUCAGUAUCAAUUCGUUCCUCAGAAAGGAGAAAACGUAAUUUAUCUCAAAGAAAUUCAUAAGAAACUGGCGAAUGAUUGCGCUGUAAGUAUCUAUGAACCUCCGUAUAGAAAGAACAGAACAAUGCCUGAUAUAACACAAGCAAGAAUCAAAGGAAUCCAAAUAGAUCCUGAUUAUUUGAUUAUUUCUUUGGAAUUUUUGAAUUUGAGAAAUAUUAAAGAAGGAAUUGUUGCAUUUCCUAAAGACGACAGCCAGCCAUUCUUAGUCCCUGAAGACUUGUUCAACAGAUCAAUGGAGAGAGCCAAGAAUUUCAAAAAGGGAGAUCCUGUUUCAGUUGCUUUCAGUGAAGAUGGAAAAUUGAAGUUUUACGAUGCAAAAAUUGUUGAUGUCAGAAGUGAUUUCGAAAGAAAUCCUGACUCAUCAAUCACUGUUGAACUCGAUGAAGGAAGCGGAAACUUCGAAUUCUCUCCUUGGGAAAUACAGAUUGAUGACGGACCUCUUUCUGAAACAGCACAAUUUGGAAGAACAUUGGCAAAUUACGGAAAUCAUUACAAAGAAACUGCGAAAUACAAACCAUUUGUUUCUUUGAGAUCUGAUGAAAUCAAAGACAAAAUAUGGAAGAACCUUUCUUUCCCUAUGGACCUGGACCUCUUCUUCCAGAGAUUGGAUGAUGGAUGGUACCAAACAAUCGAUGAAAUGUUCAUCGAGGCAGAUUUGUUCCAAGUUAAUGCACCUCUCUUAGGCUUAAACGAAUAUCACGCUCAGGAUUUGUCUGAAGCACUCAAACAACAGAUCAAUAUUAAGUCUAAGACUGCAGGAAUAUCUCCAGUAUACGACGAUUACAUAUAG